AGGAGCUGGGAAAGGAGCCCCCAAGCGGCCGGCGGGGCCCGGCGAGCAGAGCCGGGCGGACCCCGGGCAGCGGGUGUGUGUCGCCGGGGGCGGGGGCCGGGGCCGCUGCAGCCGCUCCCGCGAAGCCGAGGCGGCAGGAACGACGCCGGGCUGCGUCCUCCGGCACGGCGAAGCGGGCUUGCCCUUGGACUUCUGGAAGGAGAAGUUUUUUCUUGACUGGAUCCAGUUAAAUCUCAACUGAUUUGUACAAGAACUUGAGCAUGCUGUGCUUUUCCUUCACCAAUUUCUACAGCUGGUAAAAAGGUCUGGAAAAAACUGGAAACGUGCUUUACAUGACAACUUGGUAGCAGGUGGUUUAAUCUAUUACAUUAUCUAUUAUGUGUUUGCAGCAAAUAAGUAUAAAUUACCUCUGUUCAGUUAUUUAGUUACUACAGGCUAAAACUGCAACUUUUCCUCUAACUGAUUAGUACCGUUUUUUUGAGUUGUACUAGUUGUUUUGACCACAAGACUCAAAGAGUGAGGUAUUUCUCAAUAUGAGCAAGUCUGUCAUGGCUUGAAUGUUAGGACUUCAUUUGCAUCUGAACAAUGUGCACUGGGAAUCAGACAGGAAGGAGCUGGUGCAAGAAAGCCUUAAACCAGUGUUCUUCAGUCGUCAAUCCGGGUUCAAAUGUCAGACCCAGAUCCUCAGUGGGGGAGGCAAAGAAGUGAUAGAGGUGAAAAUACCAAAGGUUCACCAGGAUGUGAUGCCUAAUGAUGAGCAGUAACUACUGCAGCAACGCAUCAGCCACUAUGAGUGUCAACGAGGUGUCUGCCUUCCCGCUGACUUUAGAACAAAAAACUGGCUUUGCCUUUGUAGGGAUUUUAUGUAUUUUCUUGGGACUUCUUAUCAUCAGAUGCUUCAAAAUCUUGCUGGAUCCCUAUAGUAGCAUGCCUUCCUCUACUUGGGAAGAUGAAGUUGAGGGGCUGGAUAAAGGGACAUUUGAAUAUGCCCUUGCAUGAAAAUUCAAGAGUCUCCUGCCUUAAUUUUGAUGUUGAUGUCAUUUUGGAAACCUACUACUGACACAUUUAUAAUAUAGAUCUACAUUUUGAUGGUGCCAUUCAUUUUAUUAAAUAAAUAUUUGUUGCAAACUCAAAAA